AUGCGCCCACCGAUGCCCACAGCCAAGCGCAGGCCCGCAAACGUGGACACCGGCGCAAAGCAGCCGCGCAAAGCCACGGAUACACAAAGGCACCAGCAGCGGCGCGUCCCCGACUGCAAAUCCACAAAGACCCACAAACAUGAGAUGCACGUGUCCGCACAAAGACCCACACGGCCCCCGGGCGGAGCCUUUGUCUCCCGCAAGCCCCUUCCCCUGGGGGCCGCGAGGCUGAGGUCGGGGACUCGGGAUCUUCACCCGCAGCGCGAACUCUCGCCCCGUCCGGGGACCCACACCCACCUGGAAGCCUGCGCCGCAGCCGCCUCGGCACGCUCACCCCGGCGGCCCGGCCGCGGGCCCUCCGGCCGGCGCUUUUCUCCCGGCGGCGCGGCCCGCCCCCCGGUCCCCGCCCGCAGCCGGGCUCCCCCCUGCCGGGCGCCGGGUGGCUGCUCGGGCCAGCCGCGGGGCGGCUCAGGGAGUGUCGCCAAACUUCCUGCAUCCCGGAUCCCUGCCCCCUCCCCCUGCGCGCCCCAGCAAUCUAAGCAGAUGGCCUCACUGUCGGGAACAUCUGGAGGUCGCCGGAGGAGCCCUGGUUCCAUGAAGAAUGCUGCCCAAAAGGGCUUUGACCCAGCCCCUUCCAGCCUCCACCUCUCCACGUCCUUGUGGACCACAAGUUGUGGUGCUUGGAUGCACUUGGCAGUGCUAGCGGGCUUGGAGAUGACCACCCUGCUGAGCCGUGCCUGGGCUGAGGGCCUGAUGGAUGGGAGAUUGGUCUUCCUGCCCUAUGACACGCUGCUCUUCUCCCUGCCUUACUGCAACCACUCCUACCUGUCUCUCAGCACUGGUGGGCCCUCAUUGGGCAUCCAGCAGCUGCAGCUGGUUGGGCGCCACCAGAUCCUGCUGACAGCCCAGGAGCUCACCUUCAUCCAUUCGCCCCUGAACAGAUGGAGGCUGCAUGUGAAUGAUGAAUGGGGAAUUGUGGCAGAUGGUGGGAGCCUGAGAUCAGUGGCCCGGGGAUCAGCAAAGAGUCUGCCAGCCCAGGAACCCACCAGUGUGGCCGUGUACCAAGGAGACUGGGUGUGGCUGAAGAAGUGUGAAGUGGGCUAAGACCUGGAACUGCGCCUGAGCUGCCUCAGCCUCCUGAGGAAGGCAGGGCUUGUGAGAACGUCACCACUGGGCUUUUUCGUGACCCCUGGGGUCAGUGCUCUGGUUCUGGAGAACCUGCUGCGGAACGAGGCUCUGCACCUAGACUGGACCUUCAAGGCCUCCCUGCUGCUGGAUUUGAUCUGCGGCAUGAGGUAUCUGCACCACUGAUGUUUCCCUCCUGGCCGCCUCAAGUCCCAAAACUGUGUGGUGGACAGACACUUUGUGCUCAAGGUCACUGACCAUGGUUAUGCAGAGCCCCUGGACACUCAGCAGGCUCCCCAACCCUGGCCAGCCCCCGAAUAGCUGCUAUGGGCAGCUCCUGAGCUGCUGCCGAGGCCUGGGUGCCCUGGGUGGGGCACCCUCACAGGGGACAUCUUCAGCACUGCCAUCAUCCUGCAGGAGGUGCUGCCUCGGGACCCACCCUACUGCUCCUCGGGAUUCCCAGUGGAAGAAAUCAUCAGGAGGGUGGCAUCUCCCCCUCCUCUGUGCUGGCCGCUGGUGACCCCUGAUCACAGGCCACAUGAGUUGAAGCAGUGCUGGGAGGCUCCAGAGGACAGACCUAGCGUGGACCAGAUCUACAGCCAGUUCAAAAGCAUCAACCAAGGCAAGAAGACCAGUUUUGCUGACUCCAUGCUGCGGUUGCUGGAGAAAUAUUCCCAGAACCUGGAGGACCUGAUCCAGGAGCAGACUGAGGAACUGGAGCUGAAGAGAGAGAAGACAGAAAGGCUGCUCUGUCAGGUGAUUCCCCUGUCUGUGGCCGACGUUCUGAAAAUGGGGGUAACUGUGGAACCACAGGGGACUGUGGAACAGGUUACCAUAUACUUCAGUAAUAUUGUAGGUUUCACCAUCAUCUCAGCCCUGAGUGAACCUAUUGAGGUGGUGGGUUUGCUCAACGAUCCCUACAUGCUGUUUGAUGCUGUUCUGGGCAGCCAUGACGUGUGUAAGGUGGAGACCACUGGGGAUGCCUACAUGAUGGUGUCGGGGCUGCCUCAGCACAAUGGGAGUCAGCAUGUCGCUGAAAUCAACAACAUGGCCCUGGAUGUCCUCAGCUCUGUGGGUGACUUCUGGAUGAGGCAUGCACCCAACGUGCCCGUUUGCAUGAGGGCUGGCCUGCAUUCAGGGUCCUGUGCAGCAGGGAUCGUGGGUCUCACGAUGCCUCGGUCUUGCCUCUUUGGGGACACUGUCAACACGGCCUCCCGGAUGGAGUCCACAGGACUGCCGUACAGAAUUCAUGUCAGCCAAAGCACUGUCCAGAUACUGCUCAGCCUUGAUGAAAGCUACCAAAUUGAUAACAGAGGUCAGACUGAGCUGAAGGGGAAGGGCAUCGAAGAGACCUACUGGCUGCGGGGGAAGGCAGGUUUCCCCAGGCCCCUCCUCGCACCUGUGGACAUCAAACCUGGAGACCCUUGGUAAGACUUCAUAAACCAAGAAAUCAAGGUGGCCUUUGCCAAAGCCUGUCAGGACACGGAAGACCUUGGCCAGGCCCUGAGGAGAACGACUUCCUUGCUGAGCUCCCUGGUGGCCAAACCGGCUGGUGACCAUCAGGGAAGAGAAACACUGUGGAAGACCAUCAGGGAAGAGAAACACUUCCACCCCCAGAACCAGGACCUGGAGGACAGCCAGGGCCCCUCUCCUCUAGGGACCCGCAUCCUGGAGCCCACAGGCAGCAGAGCAGGCCCCGCCGUCACCUCGCCUGUUUGCCCCCGCGUUAAGUGCGGCGGCGCCAGCAGCUGGGAAAUCGGGGCCAGGCCGGAUUUCCUCUGUGGACCUGCGGCUCUUAGAGCCACCGCGCCCCCCUCCGGACCCCGCGGGGCCGCGAACUGCACGUGCGGCGGCCACCGGGACGGGCCUAGCUCCCACGGCGCUUCCUCUGCGACCCCUCUCCCUCCCGCCCUCUCAUCUCACCCCUCUGGGUCCCCGCCCCUUCCCGGCCGAGGUCCCAGGGUGAUGAAGAUGCUUCGCCGCUCCGCCCCAGUCCGCCUCCGCCAGCUCCGGAUAAACCGAGGCACGGGGCCAGGCGCUAGGACCCCGCGGCCUCGCCGGAGGGGGGCGUGGCGUGGCGGGCCGGCGGGAGAGGUAUUUAAAUUGCAGCCGGAGCGCGGGGGCUCCGGUGGGGCAGCUGAGUGGCCUGCGCCUCCUCGGGCCGUGACCCCGGGGUCUGGCGCGGGGUGGGACCCGGGGGCGGGUUUGCGCAAAAUGUGCCGAGACUGCCCGGGAGAGGAACUGCGGCCGCGCUGA